AUGAAGAUCAACCAGACAUUCCUAGAAGAAUUCAUCCUUGUCGGCUUCUCAGUCUACCCAGAGUGGCAGGUUGUCCUCUUUGUUUUAUUCUUCUUUCUCUACCUUCUUACCCUCACUGGCAACUUGGCCAUCAUGGCCCUUACCUUAGUGGACCAUGCCCUCCAUACCCCCAUGUACCUCUUCCUUGGUGUCCUCUCCUUCUCUGAGACCUGCUACACAUUAGCUGUAAUUCCCAAAAUGCUGGUAGACCUGUUGGCCAAGCAUAGGAGCAUUUCUGUCACAGGCUGUGGCCUGCAGAUGUGUUUCUUCCUUGGACUUGGUGGCACCAACUGUAUCAUCCUCACAGUGAUGGGCCUUGACCGGUUCCUGGCCAUCUGUAACCUCCGCUACCCCACACUCAUGACCAACAAAGCAUGUGGGCAGCUUGUGGCUUCAGCUUGGAUUGGUGGCUUCUUUAUCUCCUUGACAGAGACGAUACUGAUCUUUUGGGGAUCCUUCUGUGGCCCCAAUCUCAUCAAACACUUCUUCUGCCACAUGCGAGCAGUGGUCAAAUUAUCCUGCAUAAAUAGUGAUAUCACAGAGGUUGUUGUCACAGUUAUUUCAGUGUCUGGUCUGCUGGGGACAUUCCUCUUCAUCAUUCUUACAUAUGUGUUCAUUCUCUUUACGGUCCUCAAGAUCCCCUCAGCUGAGGGCAGGAAGAAGGCCUUCUCCACUUGUGCCUCCCACCUUACUGUGGUCAUCAUCCACUUUGGCUUUGCCUCCAUUGUUUACUUGAAGCCAGAGGCUCAAGAGGGAGAUGACACCUUCAUGGCCGUUCCCUACACUGUUGUCACACCCUUCCUCAGCCCCAUCAUUUUCACUUUGAGAAACAAGGACAUGAAGAAUUCUUUGAAAAGAGUACUGGGCAAAAAAGUUGCCUUAACCAAAUGA